AAGAACCCUAAAAACAACAGAGAGCAAGCGAGCUAGCACAGGCGGAGGAGAGGAGAGGAGAGGAGAUGGAGUCGCUGUCGUCGUCGACACUAACCUCUGGGACGUCCUUGGCGGCGUCGGCAUGGGACGGGGGGAGGCUGUUUGUCGGUGGCGUCUCGUCGGACACGAGGGAGGAGACGCUGGCGGAGCACUUCGAGAGGUACGGCGAGGUGAAGGAGGUGGUGGUGUUGAGGAACCGGGUCACCGGGAGCGGGAGAGGCUUCGGCUUCGUGCAGUUCGCGAAUUUGGAGGGCCCCGAGCGCGCGCUCAAGGAAGCGAAGCAUGUCAUUCAUGGAAGAACAGUUGAAGUGAAAAGAGCCAUACCGAGAGGUGAGCAACGCCAAAACCAACAAUCCUGGAAUGCACAUCAGGAUGGAGGAUCCAGUGGUUCAAGUAGGAUCACUGGUAAUAGUAACAACCAAAAUGGCAGCCACAUAAAUUCAAAAAAGAUUUUCAUAGGAGGUUUAGCAGGCGAUGUCACACACCAGGAGCUUAAGAGUUAUUUUGAGAAGUUUGGUUCUGUCGUUGAUACAGUUGUCAUGUAUGAUAGUGCCACUCAACGUCCAAGAGGUUUUGGCUUCAUCACAUUUUCUUCAGAGGAGCCUGUGGCGACGGUACUAAAGAAUAGACACCAUAAGUUGAAUGGGAAACUUGUAGAGGUUAAGAUUGCAGUCCCCAAGGAUUACAGUGAUUGUACAAAUAAUAGAAAUAGUGAGAAUUAUUACAAUGUAAGUGCUUUUGGUGGACAAUGUGGAAGAUGGCCUGUUUAUGGCACCUAUCAAGGUUAUAUGCAUCCAUAUUAUGGAUAUCCUAAUUAUGUAACAACACCUUUUUCUCCUUAUCUUUAUGGUGGACUAUAUGGAGGAGGAUAUAAUAACGGUGGUUAUGGGAUUGGACAUGGGUGCCUUCUUCAUAGUCCUAGGAACACAUGGAAUAUUUCAAAAAGAAUGGUAGAUUUCCAUACAUAUCCUCCCUAUUUCAGUAGAGACUACAGAAGUUAUGAUCGAGGUCAUGGAUUUGAUGAUGGUAAUGAGAACAAAGACGGUCUUGGUGUGCAAACGACAGUUAAGAGUGUGACAGAUUCACAGGUAGAAGCAGAAGAUGUGAAUUGUGAUGCACAAUGAAUUUUGAUUGGCGACUUUGGGUCAACACUGGAUUCCCGGCAGCAGCUUCAUGCCGACAAUCCGAACUUGGAUAGGAUGCUACCAUAUUGCUGGACAUUGGAUUCACAAGAGCUGCGAAUCAUCUUGAAGCCUUGGCGCUGGACAUCUGAUGCAACAAGUCUUCUCACCUGCUGCUGCCAAUCAUCUUGGAGCCUGUUCUCAAUUGUAAGCAUAGCCAUUGAAAUGAACAAAAUCGCUACAGAUUUUUUUUGCUAUACCUGAUGUCGCUGAAAAAAAUUGCUCAGACAUUGGACAUGUACAAUCACAUAUUUGAUCUUUUUAAUUCUUAAAUUGCUGUCUCAAUUAUUAGUUGGAUCGAUCAUAAAAA